AUGGCCAGGUAUCCCAGGGUUAACAAAAUCAGCAACCGCAAGACUAUGAAGAAGGGUGCUUGGAGUGCUGAGGAAGACCGGAAACUGGUGGCUUACAUCAUGCGAUAUGGGAUUUGGAACUGGACUCACAUGGCCGAACCCGCUGGCUUGGCAAGAACAGGAAAGAGUUGCCGACUUCGGUGGAUGAACUAUCUGAGGCCCAACAUCAAGCAUGGCAACAUCACCAAGGAAGAGGAGGAAAUCAUUAUCAACUUGCACCGAUUUCUUGGUAACCGUUGGGCCACAAUUGCAAGUAGACUUCCAGGAAGGACAGACAAUGAGAUUAAGAACUACUGGCAUACUCGCUUGAAGAAACGCUUCGUCCAGGAAAAGUUGGAAAUGCCAAUUGCAUGUGAUGUAAAAGUUAGCUCCAAUCCAAAUAAUGUUUUAACCCACCAAAAUUCAUCUAUUUCCAUUCUUUGUCCUACAGAGGCAACAAAUCUUGGAUCUCCCCAGGAUAUUCCAACACUAAAUGCAAGCAGCUUGUGCCCAUCUUAUGAAAUUCAUCAAGGUGAAAAAUCCCCAGCGAAUUGCUGGCACUCACAAGGCAAUAUAAUUGGAGAAGAUGAAAACUUGUGGGAGCAAUUGCUUUCUCUGAAAGAUUUUUGUGCAAUAGAAGAUUUGGAGGGUAUGUGCCUGAACUCGGGAAGUACAUCGCCUUCUUCUGAGUGUACAUGCUCCGAUCGUGUGUAUUUUGGUGAUUCCUACGAUGACUUCACCAUAGAUUUAUGGGGAAACUGA